AUGAAUAGUGGUUCAGCUGAUCCUUCUAUCCUGAAAUCAUCUCAGGCUGAGACUUCUAGCUGGGCUGCAAGGAUGCAAGCUUCUCUAGACAAAAAAUUGAAGAAAUUCUCAAACCCUAGUCUUUCUCCUGAUGGUAUCCCCAGAGUAAAAAUCCUAGUUUCAGUUUUCCAACGAGGAGCUGAUCUCCAUCAAGAUUUCAUUUUGGGAAUAUUCAUGGGCAAGACUCCCUCAUUUGGCCAUAUCCAGAGUGUUCUCACUCACAUAUGGGGAAAAGGCAUGAAACUUGAAAUUCCUCUCCGUCCUGAAUCAAGAUCUAUAUUAGUAUGUAUUCUGAAUGCUUCUUUCGAGCAAAAAUCGUGGAACAAGAGAUUUGGCACAUUGGAAACUCUUUGUUCUAAGUUGCACAGUGGGCUAGGAAGAGUCGCUGACGCCCUAGGUUUACUUGUGGAAUGUGAUGAGUUCACUAGAAGAAUGGUAAACAUUAAUGUUGCUCACUUAAAAAUCAAAGCUGACUGCACCAAAACCUUACCUACUUACGCAGAUACUGAAAGAGACAAUGGUGAUAUUGUCCCACUCUAUGUUGAUUACCCCUGGAAGCCUCCUACUUGCCCCUGUUGCAAAGAAAUGGGCCACCUUGAAUCUAUCUGCCCUACUGGCUCCUGGAAAGCAAAAGAUCAUGUUGUCGCUUCCCCCUCCUCGAGUCCUGCCACUGUUGCUGCUAACACUAGGGCUGUCCCCUCUCUUGCUAACCUUUCUAUUCAGGCUCCAAGGGCUCCUGCAUUAGCUUCUCCGACUGUUGCUGCUUCAGCCUCUGUUUCUCAUACCUUUUUUACUAAGGCUUCAAUGGCUUCUGAAUGUUUAGCUCCAUCUGUGAUUACAAACUUUGUUGAUGUGUCUGAAUCUCCUUCUGCUACGUCAACAGUAUCUGAAACCAUUUCGGCUUUGGGAGACCCGCUAACUGCGCCUAGUUCAGAAUGCCUCUCCGAGUAUGAACAACCGCCUCCUACGGACAAGCUAGGAGUUGUUGUGUUUGGAAAGCACUCUAAGGAUACUGAUUUUUCUCCUCAAGAUGGUAUAACUCACCUCCUGGCUCUACCUGCUCAUGCAAAAUUCAGACCAGCUAUCCAGAAAUCCUUCAGGAAAAAUUACAGACCGGUUAAUCAAAGACUGUUUGAGAAGUCCAUCUUUGCUUCUCCAAAAAAGAUCGAGCUUACUUCACCUGGAUUUAUUGAGCAACCAGAAUUUAGCAUAUCCAAUGCUUUCUUUCCUCUUGAAGUUGACCCGGGGGCUGAGCUGGAUGAGUCGUCUCAUGCUUCUUCUCAGGUCAUUUUCUUCAAAACCAGCUUCAGAGCUUCCUAUAGUCAUCCUAGGCGCUGGCUUGUAUAUAAUCGAAUUUCUUUUGGUGCUAUUCUGGAAACUCACAUUAAAGAAUCAAGUCUGAACCAGGUGAUGAAUGAAGUUUGCCCUCAUUGGUCCUUCGCCUCCAAUCAUGCUGAUGAUGUUGAUGGGCGUAUUAUUUUGAUAUGGAAAGCCCCUUCAACGGCUAUUAUUAUCCACUCUUCUCGGCAAUCAAUGACCAGCAAAGUUGUUACUCCUGGAUCAGAUUCUUUUUAUUUCACUGCAAUUUAUGCUGCCAAUACUUCAGAGAAAAGAAAUGACUUGUGGAUUGAAUUGUUGUAUAUUCAAUCCUCUUUGAUUAUGGAUGGCUUGUCAUGGAUGUUUGGUGGAGACUUCAACAAAACAUUCCAUCCCAUUUCAAGUUAUUGCAUAUCAAAUUUAAUGCUCAAACAUAAGGAGUUAAGAAGAGCGCUAAAGACCCUAUAUGCUGAUAACUUUUCUCAGAUUCAAAAAAGGCUUGUAAAGGCCACCUAUUUCUUCGAGAACGCCCAGCUACUCUCGCUCCAGCAGCCUUCUCCUGCUAACUUUCUCUCUGAAAGGCAGGCCUAA